UGACGGCACGUGUUGGUCCAUAAUUACAGUCAUAAGCUCUGCGAGAAUCUUAAAGAUAUAAUCUCAAAGUGAAAAGGUCGUAUGUGUUCGGUGAAAGUGGAAAUUUAAGUCACUCACGUUAGAAGCUUGCGCGAGUUCGGACUGAAAAGCGGAAACCCUGGCUCGUAGUGGGGACAGAAUCCGCAAGUUUCAUGUAUUAGAGAGAUGCAAUCCGUCGGGGAUGUGCAUCUGCGGAAAUAUCGCGGAAGACAAUGCCAGAUUUAUUCUUCUUGCUUUUGUUCUUGCCGUUUAUAUGCUCGCUGGAGCUGCCUUGUUCCAAACAUUAGAAGCUGAUCUUGAAAUUCGUCAGGCCUCUGAAUUUUGGAGAAUAUAUAACGCCUUUAAAAAAUAUCACUUGAGAAAUAGUCCUCAUGCAAUUCAACGUUUACAUGAGUUGCUUUAUGCUUAUGGAAAUGCAUCGGCAAUUGGUAUCAUCAAUAAAAGACGACGUUGGGAUUUUUCUGGUAGUUUUCACUUCGUUGGAACCAUUGUUUCCACAAUAGGUUAUGGAAGUACUGCUCCUCAAACCACUGCUGGAAGAGCUGCAGUAGUUCUUUAUGGAUUUUUUGGAUGUUCAGGUGGAAUUUUAUUCUUUAAUCUGUUCCUGGAGCGAAUAAUUACCUUCUUAGCCUGGAUUUUGCGAAGUCUUCAUUUGCGACGUUUAAGAAAUCGUUUACGACAGACAACUCUUGCCUCAAGACGAAGUAUAAGAGGUGGAUCAAGUAGAGAUGGAAAUAAGGGCUCUCUGCCGGAUAUUCUUGAUGACGAGGAAGAUGUUGGUUUGGAGCAUUGGAAACCAAGUGUUUAUUGGGUGAUGCUCUAUCUUUCAUUGGCCUCGUGUGUAAUUGCUUGUAGUGCAGCUGCUCUUUAUGCUCCAUUGGAAGGCUGGACUUACUUCGAUGCUAUUUACUUCUGCUUUGUCAGUUUUGCAACAAUUGGCUUUGGAGAUUUUGUCAGCACUCAGCAGACCACUUAUCCAUAUCUCCACCUGUACAGAAUCGCCAACUUUCUCUUCCUAGUACUAGGAUGCUGUUGCAUCUAUUCUCUAUUAAACGUGACGUCGAUUGUCAUAAAACAGGGACUCAAUCUUAUAAUACAAAAACUUCGUUGCGGAUCUCAUGGUAUGGCUGCUCCACAUUUACCAAGAAGAAAAUCAUCAAUAGCGGCAAUUUACUAUCCGAAAAGAAGAUCAACGAAAAUUGCCGCAAGAGAUUCUAUUAGAAUUGAUGAUGAAUCAGAUAAUUCGCGACGAAUGUCUGGCGAGUUAAUUUCAAUGAAAGACUUUCUUUCGGCCAAUAAAGUGUCAUUAGCAAUUAUGCAAAAGCAACUUUACGAGACAGCUCAAAUGAAUAGAGCUGAUGAUAUUCCCGUUGCACCAAUACAUCAAACAAUGUUUAAACCAGGAGCAGUUGGUCCUCUUGCAAUUGCUAGUGAAAAAUUUGAAGAUCAUUCCACUGGCCGGUAGCUAAUUUGUUGAACAAUCACUAGAAUGAAGCAAUAGAAAACAAUUAUUGUAAAAUAACGCAUAAUAAUUUAUGCGCUAAAACGCUUUGUAAUAGAUGUAAAUUUAAUGGCUGACAAAAAAAAAAUUGUAGCUUGCCAAUAUUUUUUUAAAUGAACUCUAGUCGGAAAAAAAACGACUUUCUAGAAUAAGAUGUGAAUUUUUGCCGUAGCCAACAAUUUUUAUAAAUUAGCGUAGUAAAAUUUGAUCUCAAAAAAAAGUUUUGAUUUAUAUUUUCUAUUCUUUAAAAUUACUUUUUUUUACUUUCUUUGAUUUAGAAAGUAUUUUUAUUCU